GUUACCAGUCCAGUAAAGAAAGUACACAUGUUAUCAAGAAAUCGAGAAAUGCAUGUGAACCGCCGCCACGCCGCCACGUUUUCGUGUAGUGUGUGAAAAUUUUACAGGUUUUUUUUGCUGAUUACAACAAGAAGGAGCAACAAAACAUGGAGGACAACCAAGAGGAUCUGACCUCCCUAAAUUACCAGAUAAUGUUCCCCCCUCGUGAGCCAUGCCAUCGCCAGAGGGAGUACGAACUGGAACAGCAUCUGGCCCUCAUGGACGAGCCGGCAACAGCGAGCCCGGCGACGUCCAUGGACAUGGGAGAUCUGGGGAAUCUAACAAUAGAACAUCUGUCCGGCUACGAUGACGUCAGCGACGCGCACAAGUUUCUACUGGUGGACGAUGAUAGAUAUCGAAAAGAAGACGUGCUGGAGUUAGGAAUUGAAGCCGCUGACUUGGGAAGUCUGCUGCAGCAGUUUGAACAAAAGGAAGCAGCCCUGACGACAACCGACCCCAUCAAAGUCAGUGAGCCCCAGCAAACCAGUUCAGUCGAAAAGAAAUUAUCGGGACCAAAGAAUCCAACAAAGAAGAUAGCCCCUGUGAAGCGUAAAUCCACCAUUUUAAUGGAGCCAAUCGCCAUGCCCAGUAAACGUCUGCGGGACAAGAUCCCAGAAGAGCGAAUGACCGUCAGUCUACCAGGCAGCCGAACCACAAGCCCACUGACCGUCGAGCCACAGGGGUUGUCGGUUAUCUGCAGCGCCGACCAAGGCUUUGACUACCUCAUAAUGGACCACGAUUAUUGCAAUGUGCAGGACCCGAAACUCGCAAAUCAGGACCCGCCAGUUCCUGUGAACAAAGCCAGUCAGCUGGCCGCCGAGCAAAGGAAAGCUUUGUAUAAACAGAAGUACAAAAUCAGAAAGAAAGGAAAGACAAAAGGAAGAACUGUCGGCGGUCACUACAGCGAGAAUUCCCUGGCCGAGGGGUUGGUCGGUGGAAUCGACAAACCAGCUUUUAUAAAUAAACUUCCAGAUUACAUACACCCAAUGCCUGAAGUGUCGCCCGCCAAUACUGUCAAGCAUGCUGAGGGGACACAGAAACAGCAAGGUGUUGUGCCGAUGCCUCAACCACUGCUGGAAAAAGAGGCCCCUCACAAAGGGAAAAAACCUGAAUUCUUUGACAAAAUCCCAGACUAUUUUAUCGGGAAACAUAUGUACCAGGAGAUCAGUAAAGUAAAGGAAGCGGAGGAGGAAGCCAAGAAGCAGCAAGCCUUGGAAGAAGAGAUGACCAAGUUGAAAGAAAAGCCCGCUGAGACAGAGUCGCUCCACAAGAAAUCCAGCGUAGAACCAUCAAAGGACAAUGAGGGCGCCGCUACACAUCCAGACUCUAACCCUCACCAUCAUAAAGCAAGACAUCAUCAUCAUCAUCAUCAUCACCAUCAUCACAAAGUCCAUACCCACAGCCAAGUUAAAAACACUGAUAUCAAGGACAGGGAUGCAUUGAUAAGCAACGGUGGUGAACUGAUCGACGGAAUCAAAAUAAAAUGCGAACCACUAGACAAUGAAACAGAACAGACCUCAACUUCACAGACAAGUGGUGAUAAACAGACUCAGGAACUGCACGUCAGAAAGUCUAGAAGGAGCAGUUAUUCAGAACGUCUCCCGAGAUCUCGUUCUCGCUCUUACUCGUCUUACUCGCGCUCAAGCUCAAGAUCAUCUGUCAGAUCCCGAUCGUAUUCAUCCUCCUCGUUGGACUCAAGAUACUCACGGUCCAGACAUCGAGGGCGCUCGUACAUCUCAAGGUCAAGAUCGAGGUCAUAUUCUAGAUCAAGGUCGCGUUCGAGGUCGCGCUCUUACAUACGCCGCCGAAGGCGGUACUCUACUUACUCGUCAGCUUCACACUCAUCCAGCUCCAUGUCAAGGUCACGCUCAAGGUCACACUCAAGGUCACGCCAUUGGCGACCUCGGUCGCAUUCAAGGUCAUUUUCAAGGUCACCUUCGAGGUCCAGGUCAAGGUCACACUCUGGUGAAUCCAGAAUGAGACAAAGACAACGUUCCAGUCACAGAGAGAGUCGACCAAGAACGCACAGCAGAUCUGACAGAAGAGACAGACGAGACAGACGAAGUGCUAGCAUCGAACAGAUUGAAGAAAGAAGAGAGCAGCGUAUUGAGGAGCAGCUGGAGCAAUGGAAGGAUCGUCGAGUUGUUUACAUUGGAAGAAUACCGUACGGGACAACGCGUACGGUCAUCAGGAAGCGCUUUGAGAAGUUUGGUGAAAUAGAGCGGAUCACACUUCAUUUCAGAGAUGAAGGGGACAACUACGCUUUUGUGACCUACAACUUUAAGUGUGAUGCCUAUGCUGCUGUUGAAGGUGCGAAUAAGGAUCCCGAUGAACCUGUUUAUGAUAUAUGCUUCGGUGGGCGGAGACAGUUCUGCAAAUCAAACUAUGAAGACCUUGACUCAAUGGCCCAGGAGGAGGAUGCGUUCGACUACGGCUAUAAACCGUCCUCAUCGUCGAAUAGCGGCAAAGCAGAGACAGAUUUUGAUAAACUCCUUCAAGAAGCAAUGAGGAAAGCCAAGAGGUGAUGUAAAACCACCAUUUAAAGACCACUGUAUUAUUUUAGGUGGUGUCCCAAGCGGCGACUUUGGCUACAGCUACAGCAUGUCUGCCAGUGUUGGAGAACAGACAGAUGUGCGCGACCUUGCCAGAGGUGUAGCCGAAGUUGCCGUUCUAGACAUGACCUUAGGGACCUUGUGAAAAUUAGUCCAGGACAACCAGCGGAUAAGAUCCGUCCGAGACAAGUUUUUUACCGGCCGUUAUUUCACCUUGUUUGAUGGGUGUUGGAGAAACCAUGUGAGAGGUUCACAGUGCCUCGCGUUACAUUUGUUUACAAACCAAAGCAAGGUUCUGGAGUGGGUAAAAGGGUGUCCAAAUUGGCUUGAAAUUUAAAACCUGGUGGUGCAAAUUGUUUACUUACAAUAUAUAUGUAUGUAAAUGACAGAUCAAACAGGGUGUUCAAAUUCAAAACGGGUUUUCACAACAACAAAAAAAACACCCCUCUGGCUUUCACUAUAAACCAGACAGAGUUAGAUCCCAUCUACUGGAAACACAAGCAGGGGGGUCUCUUUACUUGUCUCACUAAGAUCCCUUAUAAGGCAUUAUACAGGAUCAAAUAUCAUUGUUUAAUCUUGGUCUGAAAGCUUAGGCUCAUGCCAGAAUCCUUUUUCGGUGAAAUAUUUUCCUCUGAAAUGAAAACUUUUUCGAGAACACUAUACUUGAAAACCUGAAAAAAAGCAACAGCUGAUUUCGGUUGUCACAAACAAAACUGAGGAUGAUGUGUUUACAUGCUGAAAUUUGUGAAUGGAUGGUCACUACUUUCUCCUGACUGGCAUAACUGAUGCAGCCUAAAUUUUCACAGGCUGGUCAUUUCAUGUACGGUUGAUCACACACAAUAUGAACACUAUGUUACUAUUUUGUCAGCUUAACCAAUCUUGUGUAUUACAUGUACCUUUAAUUCUUAAAAAACUACAGAAUUACGAACUCAGAUUUUUCACUUUUGUUACACUUGUUGUUUAGAAUUAAAUCUUUAAUCAUUUGUUUAUUUAUUCAACAUUGUUUAUUUAGGUAACUUACAAAAUAUGCUUAUCCGAAAUCGUGUCACUAUAUUUGUAAUUGCCAAAACAUUUUUUUGUUCAGAAACAUACGAACAAUGUGACCUUUGACACCACAUGUUUGCUCAAAAGAGCCACAAACCAUGGGCUUCCUGUAGAAUCGAUUCGUACACAUCUCAAGCGGAGAUAACAUAAGAGUCCGAUAUUUUAUGGAGAUUGCACUGUCUAAUUUUCAUCAACUUGCGAUAUGAAGAAGGGGGUCACAUCUUAAAACUUGUUCAGUUGUUAUUAUUUUUUUAAACUCUUGAACUUAUUUUGACACAAAUUGUAAAAUUUAACAUAUGACGCGUGUCGCAUCUUGCCUGCCAGCAAGGUCCUUGAAUAGGUGCAAGUUCAUUCUUUUUGUAAACGAAGAUGACAUGGUCAACAAAUCUUUUAAAUCCUACUUAAUAAGGAUCAGUGCUUUACGAAAAGCCUGAGUUCGUCGCAACUCUUACAUCAGCAUUUUAGUCUCGAUCUUGUAAUUUUUUAUUUGUUUGAGAGUAAAAAAAAAAAAAAUGCUUGGUAGACAAACUGUUCAGGUCCCCUUUUUAUUAAAUAACCAGAAUAUGAAUUUUUUUCUGUCACCGUGUAUACAGGGAGCAUGAUUUUAACAAAUAUUUUGUACUCAAAAUUAAGAAAUUAUCUAAAUGAAAAUUAUGAUCUCUGACACUGAAUAAGCAAUUUCAGUGGUGUUAAAUUUUUUACUUUUUGCCAAAGAAGGCUGGUUUUAAUUUGUUAAUGAAAAUAUAAAAAGGGUGGAAGAAUGCCCUGCUACAAUAUUGGACACUCCCCAGAAAUAGUAAAAUGGCAAUAAUUGUAUUGACUUUUAGGUCAAUAAACUGAAGCAAAAAUAUUGAAAAGAACCCAAACGUCAGACAUGAUAUGAAUUUGACAUAUUUUAUAUGAAAUAUUUAAAAACAAAAUUAUCUGAGAUGUGUUUGUCUGCCUUGUUAGAAAGAGUAGCUUAUUAUUUUUUCAGAUGAUGUUAAGAAAUGUUGCUCUUUGAUCUACUUUUCUUGUGCUGACGUCUAGGGAUACUGUUCAUAAAGCUCUGUAAAAUAUAUUUAACACAAAUAGUUGGUCGAGAGGGCAUCACGAGGGGUUGUUUGAACGGAUGAUAUAA